AUGGCUUCCGGUUCUGCUUCGGGUGCAGGCUCGUCUCCCCUGGGCCCGGCUACGGCUGCGGCUGCUGCUGCUGCUGCUACUCGUGCUGCCAUUCAUAUACCCCCGAAUCCCCCUCGCUGCUCCUCCUCCUCCAACCCAGUCCCGCCCACCCUCGCCGCCUUCUCCGACUUCUCCGACUUUGCCAGACAGCUGCAGGCUAAGCAACAGCAUUCCAACUACCACUCCUCCUCGCUGUCCACCUCGCUCAAAGACAUGGUUGCCGCUUCGGUAAACCGCACCUCGCUGCAUCCCUCGGGUGUCCAGCCUGGCGUGGGACACACAGAACUCGAGGAAGAACUCCAUGAAACUGCCCACAUCGACUACGAGCGGGUAUCAAUUAUCGCCAACCCAGCUGUCCCCUCCCUAUACGAAGAUGCGUUGGUCUACGAAACAGGCACCGCCAUCACCUCUACCGGUGCCCUGACUGCCUACUCGGGCGCAAAGACUGGCAGAUCGCCGCUCGACAAGCGAAUUGUAAAGGAGCCCUCGUCCGAGAAUGAAGUCUGGUGGGGGCCUGUAAACAAGCCCAUGUCGCCUGAGGUCUGGAGAAUCAACAGGGAACGCGCUGUCGACUAUCUCAACACCAGAAACCGCAUCUACGUCAUCGAUGGCUUUGCCGGCUGGGACGAGCGCUACAGAAUCAGCGUCAGGGUCGUCUGCGCCCGUGCCUACCAUGCCCUCUUCAUGCGCAACAUGCUCAUCCGGCCCUCGAGUGAGGAGCUCAAGUCCUUCCACCCGGACUAUGUCAUCUACAACGCCGGCUCCUUCCCCGCCAACAGAUGGACUGAGGGAAUGACCUCCGCCACGUCUAUCGCCAUCAACUUUGCCGAAAAGGAGAUGGUCAUCCUCGGCACUGAGUAUGCUGGCGAGAUGAAGAAGGGCGUCUUCACCGUGUUGUUCUACGAAAUGCCCGUCAAGCACAACGUGCUCACCUUGCACUCGUCCGCCAACCAGGGCCCGGACGGCGAUGUCACUGUUUUCUUCGGCCUUUCUGGCACUGGCAAAACGACCCUAUCAGCCGAUCCCAAGCGAGCAUUGAUUGGUGAUGACGAGCACUGCUGGACUGACCGUGGUGUCUUCAACAUUGAAGGAGGGUGCAUCGGUUUGUCCGCAGAAAAAGAGCCUGAUAUUUUCAAUGCAAUCCGCUUCGGAGCCGUAUUGGAGAAUGUCGUCUUCGAUCCCACAACCAGAGUGGUUGACUAUGACGAUUCAACUCUCACCGAGAACACCCGAUGUGCCUACCCAAUCGAAUACAUUGAUAAUGCCAAAAUCCCUUGCAUCGCUGAAGCCCACCCCAAGAACAUCAUCCUCCUCACAUGUGACGCCCGCGGCGUCCUCCCACCCAUCUCCAAACUAACCACCGAACAAACUAUGUUCCACUUCAUCUCCGGUUACACUUCCAAGAUGGCCGGCACCGAGGACGGCGUCACUGAGCCCCAGGCCACGUUUUCCUCCUGUUUCGCCCAACCUUUCCUCGCACUCCACCCCAUGCGCUACGCCCGCAUGCUUGCCGAUAAAAUCUCCCAACACAAAGCCAACGCCUGGCUGCUCAACACUGGCUGGGUUGGCGCCGGCGCCACCACGGGCGGCAAACGCUGCCCGCUCAAAUACACCCGUGCCAUCCUCGACGCCAUCCACAGCGGCGAGCUCGCCAAAGCAGAGUACGAAGUCUACGAUGUCUUCAACCUCUUCGUCCCCAAGUCCUGCGCGGGCGUGCCCAGCGAGCUCCUCAACCCGAAGACAAGCUGGACCGCCUCCACCCCCUUCGAGAACGAGGUCAACAAACUCGCCGUGCUAUUCAAUGAGAACUUCAAGAAGUAUUCCGAUGAGGCUACCAAGGAGGUCCUUGCGGCUGCACCUGUCGUGUCUGGUAGCGGUGCUGCUGCUGUUGCGGGGGUAAAUGGCGCCAAGCCCUCGACGAACGGGGCUUCGGCUUGA